AUGAAUCAAUUCCAGUUAUUUCCUCCGCCAACGCCAGAAGUAAAGAGAUCCAAUAACCCAUUUCGCAAGGCGGGCAAGAAACCAGUUGCGAGUGCCGAGCCGGGGUCCCCAAUUCCACUGCAGGAGAUCAAAGAUUCCAGCAACACCGAGUCCCUACUUCUUCAGAUUAUUGAAGAUACACAGGAUCUCCCCCCACCACCGCCUCAAAAUGUUGAAAGAGUCAAGUCUCCGCCUGCUGGCGCGGGCACUUCUCAUGAUACGAGAUCCCCGCAGUCCAUGCACAGCCAGAAUCGUCAAGCCAAAAAGUCAGAUCACCAGGCUUUACCUUCGCAUGGUAGCUAUAGUAGCAGCAGUAGCAGUCAAACCGCAGCUUCCACCGUUUCGCCGCAAUCUUCCCAGUCUUCGGUGUCGCCAGUUCCAAUGAGAUCAAUGUUCCCUCAAUUCGAUCCCAAACUACCACUCAAUCAGCAAGCAUACCAUCCCCAGGUCUCGAAUACGUUACAACCUCCGCCCCCAAAAAAGACACGGAAGCCUCCCAAGCUGACGUUGUCGACAGGCGCCGAGAUUGACCAUGUUCUCGGGCCAAAGACUGUACCUGCGAGUGUCUUCAACUUUCCUAGCGGCGCUACCGGGUCUGAAGACAUUGAAUAUUCAUCGAUAGAUGAGUUGAGGAUGCUAUGGGAGAUAGCCAAUGGACAAAGACCCCAAGAAAUGGUUGGCAUGUUGAAUUUGCGAAUGAACAGGACCGGGCCCGCAACUUUCACUUUGGGAAACUCCCAGCAACCAUUUUAUACCUUGCAAACAUAUUCCACCGAUGAGAUCGCGUUGAGCCGGAGUGACCCUUCAAAGACUAACAAUGAGGUGCCCAUCAUGAUGAUGAAUCUGGAAGACCGCAUUCGCCGCGAACAUCCCAAUGACGGAUUGGUCACUCUCCUCUUCUCCAGACUAGCUGCCAUGCUGGCAAUAGAUCAGGCCGAAGAAAUCAGUAAAAAGUAUCACCUUACUCCCUCUGAAGCAUCAGAGGUAGAGACCGAUGCACUCAAACGUGCGGCAGGUCACGAAUCUUGUCGUUUGUCAUGGAACAGACACCAGAGGCUGUACGAGCUCAGACAUCCGUCUCUUUCUCGACGCCAUCCACCCGCCCUGGUUGGCGCUGCCGGUAUCCCACUAUCCCCCGUGAGAUCUCAAUCCUCGGGCAUGGUCCACAUCACAGUCUCCACACCAUCGAGCAAUGCCUCCCCACGCCAGCCACCAACCAUCAUCGUCACUGGUCCAGUUUCAUCAACGGCCCUAGAAGCCGCACAACAAGCGGCAAACCCGCGCACUUCUACACUACCACUCACAGACCAGGACGAACCACUUGCCACCCUGGACUUUGGCACCAAUACCCUAUCCAUAUCGCCAGCAGCUGUCAUUGCUACAAUCCCAUCCCUAUAUGCCAUUGACUCCCUCAUUGCUGCAAUGCUGGCAGUCGCCGUCUCAGAUGAGGCCACCAAUCCCAUACUGGCAGAUAUGGCUCUCGGCUCCCCGGAACCAUCCAGGCCAACCACAUCUCAGAACCCGGGUCCAUACUCAAUGCCAGUGUUCCAAGGUAAAUUGGUGACAACAAUCGCCGAGCGUGAAGACGCAGCCGAGAGCAUGCAUCUAGCGUCGCAGAUCAAGUCGGCGCAGAAGAAAUCAAAGAAUGACUCUAACUCGAAGAGUUUCUUUAAAUUCUGGAAUCGUACCCCUUCUAAACAGAAGAAUGUUCGGGAAUCCAAGAAGAACCAGAAGGUUAUCGUUGAGGAAUUUGAUCUAGAGAAAUACGGCCGUUAUGGAGCUGGCUCGCGGAAGGGCCAGAAAUUACCUGGUAUCACUCGUGGCGUACUGAGUAUCCUGUUCUUUGGGUUGGAUAUGAUUGUCAAAGGGUUGACGCUUAUAGUCAAAAUUUUGGCUUGGUUGCUGGUGAAGUCGACUCGGUGUGUGACCAGCGAAAAGUUCUGA